UCGCGCGACUCGCGCGGUUGUCACGUUGUCACUGCUCGUCUGCGUGAUUCGACCGGAACCGCGGUACGCCGGGUGGAGUCGGAGAGGAGCGAGUAUUCGGAUGUGACAGAGUGCCGUGCACUGCCGAAUACGUUAAGCUCGUGACACGGGAGAUAAGAAGCUGCGUAUCGCACGAUUGUGACAGUUCAUCGGGUACGAGCGUAUUGCGGACGAGGGAGAUAGCGACGCGAGAGAGGGGCCGGUAGGGGAAGGAGGUACGCGCCGCUGCCGCCGCAUCGCCUGGCAGUUGAGCCCUGUAUAAACGACGGACGCCAGGCAGCCUGCCGCUAACUUCGCGUAGCGUCGAUUGAACGAUCCGGCUCUUGCGGACUCUACGGACACCUCUCCUCUCCUUCACGGGCACAUUCACGGGAAGGACCCGGUCAUCGCGGUGUCUCCCGCUUCACGGUCGGCUCACCGUCUUUCACCGCUCGCGCGACACCACCCGCCUCUCUUCGCGCGCUGUCAGUGACAGUCAGGUGCGCGUGCACUCGGGAUACAUCGGCACUGACACCGUUGUCUGAGAACGGAGGACGCCAAACAAUCAACCAAACAGGAUGAACUACGGGGAUCUGUCAAACGUCGAUCCCGCCAGAACGAGUCUGCGGAGAAUCGCCCGGCACGACGAGCCGGAGUUCAGCAACGCUAGCAUCCUGAACAGCAUGGAGAAGUUCGUGCGCACAGUGAGCGAGAUGGAGGACACUAUUCUCGUGCCGAGCCGCCUGCUAGACCUGUCAGUAGGCGACGCGGGUGACACGGUCUGCAUGAAGGGCAAGCGCGGUCACACGGUGAAGGACGCGCUGGCCAACACUGACCUAUACCGCCUCUACAACAUUAUCAAUCAGAUGAAGACCGAGCUGCUGUGGUCGCAGGAGCCGGCUCGGAGCGCCGACAUAGAGGCGGACCAGAACAUCCUCAAGAACAGCAGCACCUGUAGCAAUGGCAGUCAUCCCGUGGGUAGCCCAACCGAGCUGAUGGCCCAACACCAUCCGGCAACUAUGGGCAGACUGGGGCAUGCUCGUUGCCCUAGUACGACAUCAAUGCAGAGCGUCCAGAGCGCCUCUUCGAUCGUUUCCACCUCGGACUCGGACUCUGAGGUCGGUAUCGAGAUCGAUUCCGGCUUAGAGGGCGAAGAGUGCGCCACGGACCUUGCGAGCAUCGCCGCUGAGAACUUCAGACGUCACCUGCGCGGCCUUCACCGCAGCAUCGCCCGCAUGACCGAGGCCGCCGAGUACCUGACGCUACGGUAUCAGGCUGACGUGGGUGGGCAGGUCUGAUUCGCCGCCACUACCAUCACCACCAUCAUCAUUACCACUACUACUACUCUCAUCAUCAUCAUCAUCGCUGUCAUCACCGCCGUCGGCGCCGUCGUCGCGUCAGUUGGCAUCCUUGCGAGCGACUUUCACGUAAGCAACGCCCUCGUCUCGUCGCCGAUCUCAUGGACACUUCCGCGAUCACCUAUGAUAGUUCACGGUCGCCCGUUGACUUCAUAGGUUCUCUUGGCGGAGACGAGCGUUCGCUUCGAAUACAGAGGUCGCUGAGUUCCUGCGGAUUCCAGGAGCGACCUGCUGGGUUUUUUCCAGGGAGCUGCUUAUACUGUGUCCUGACGCGAAAUUAUGUUGAGUUAUGUGUAUCUUUGAAACGUAGGCGUAAGAGACGAUAAAUCGUCGCGCGGGUUACGGAUCAUCAUGAUAUCGUUGGAAUUCUUCAUUAUCAACUAAUGCCGUAAGAGAUGAGGUAUCUUGAUGUUUUUACCGUAUAUUACGAAGAAAAGUAACAUCUGGUGCUCCAGUCGUCCUCCUGAUGGGUUUCCCCGAGCGAUCGAGGACUGAUUCGACGAAACGCAUAGAGUCAAGGACGAGUACGAUUGCACGCGGUUACGUAAACCGCUGUUUCUUACGCGUGGUCGGCAUACCGCGACCCUGCUAUCGAGUUGAGGGUACAUGCAUUGAUCAGGAGGCGCGUGUGAAACGAUAAUACGGCGACACGCGCGGUCGAGUGACGCGCGCGAGUUACUCUAGUUUGGAGGACACUUAUUCGCGUCACAUCCUACAUUGCAUUUGCUCGUGUAGUUUCUUUUCGAUGGGGCACAAUUGCCUCACACUUCAUGUCAAUGUUUUCCCCUUAUCUCUGAAAAUCAUAACUUGAAAACAGCUAUUUGAAUUUUUGCUCGCACAGCCAUUUGGAUUUUUCCGCAAGAUUACGGAAAACGCUUCUUGGAAAUAAAGAUUUUCUAUCUCGUAUUCUACGGAAAAUCUCUUCUCGAUACAGAGACGUUUGGUCGUUUGAAAUAUAACAUGUAUGUAUUUUACAUACUCUUGUGUGGAUGCGUAUUAUAUCACAAUUAUCAGAUAUCCAGGUUAAAACAAAGAUAAGUUAAUAUUUAUAUUUAAAAAAGUACGACAAAGACAAAUAUCUGAUAUUAAAAUUUACUUGCUUUUCGGAUUCGCGUUGAUUUAAUGGGUAUAUGUACACGCGUAUAUCAUGGUUCUUUCUAUUGGGUUGGAAACUCUUAUAAAUACAUAUAUAAAUAUACAGGGUAGGGCAUUUAAGACCUGAAUAACUUGUAAACUAUGUGUAUGAAAAAUUAUUACACGAAAUUACACGAAAAAUUAUUACAUACAAAAGUUGCAUGGUCUCGAGAUUAGAUUAUUAGAUAAUAUAUGUAUUUUUAUGGAUGGAGAUGUUCGGAGAUUUGAAGGUUAACUUUGAUUUUUAUAUACGGAAUCCUAAUCGUUUUAUACAAGUGGAUUUCUUGUAACAUUCUGCGUAAAAAAUUACAAAAUAUUACAAAGAAUUUACAUAAAACAAUUAGAGUAUAAUCUCAUAUAAAAAAAUAAAAGUUGAUCUUCAAAUUUCCGCCUUCACUUAUAAAAAAAAAAACAUGUAAACUUUUGUGUGUAACUUCUAAACUUUUGUAACGAUUUUUUUAUAUAACACAGUUAUUCAGACGGUCUGUUUAAGUGCCUCACUCUGGGUAUAUAUAUAUAUAUAUAUAUAUAUAUAUAUAUAUAUAUAUAUAUAUGUGUGUAUAUAUGUAUGCAGGUCCUUUGCUGUAAAUAAGAUUAGAAAAGACGUUAUAUUUCGACACCGAGGUUAUACAAAAUAAAAAGAAAGAAACAGAUGUUUGAGUGUUUGGAUAUUUUUAAGAACCAUUUGUAAAUCGCAGAGAGAGAGAGAGAGAGAGAGAGAGAGAGAGAGAGAGAGAGAGAGAGAUGUACGAGUCUAGACGCGCUGAGAGAAAUAGUUUGUGUAAAUAUCAUUGCUCGAUGUUGUUUUACGAUAAGAAACGUUUACCUACUGCAAAAAUGUAAGUCGUUCCCAUUAGACUUAUAUGAGUAACGUGAAUAACGAUAACAAUUCUAUAUUACUGUAAAUACCGCUACGUCGAGAGGAGUGUGCAUUUUGAGUGUGCCGACUGAGUGAAACCGUACAAAGCUGUGCGUUGCAAUCUGUUCGCGGCCACUCGCAAGAGAGAGGCUGUCAACGUUGUCGAGAGGCGCUAUCAAAGAAUGACCAGAUCUCCGCUUUCCUUUCGAAGCGAGGCGAACGUCUGAAGAAGAAGUCGUUCCACACGAAUCGUUCCCGACGCCGCGUUGUCGGCGAUCGACACAUUAGCGUGUAAAUAUAAAUGUACGCGUAGCGCUACGAUUAUUUAUUCCCACGCGGCUGUAGAGUCGAUGAAAUGUUAAGCGAUUUAAUCUAAGUUGUGCGCGAGUUCUUCUGUCACGCCGGGUGUACAGUCAGCGGCAGGAAAGUCGCGACGUUUCCAUCUCGAUGAACUUCAACACGACGCAACUGGUAUUUAAUGGCAACGUCCACUGAGAAUUGCUACACGGAGAAAACUCGAUUCGUGCAACUGUGUUUCACCUCGUUCGCCCGCGUGAAUUGAGUCCUGUUUUUUUCCGUGUAAAGAACAGAUUCUCCCAUUGGAUACGGGAUGCGUUACGGCACUCGUUGAGAUAAAACUGUGGCAAUCUUUUGUUCACCGACUAUACACGUUGUACACGUUUCUUCGCACGCGCGGAGAGAUGGAAGGUGGACCGAAAACGGCACUUAAAAGCCCGGCCAUGGCCUUCCAGCUCUUCCGGCUUGGUUUCGCGAGCGGAGAAGUUCCUCCGGUUUUCGGAAAUACGAGCGUGUGACUUUCACUUAAAAUUUAAGGUUUUCGUUUAAUGUGUACAUAUAGCCGGUGAGAUGCUUUCCCAAUGCGCCGUUAGACGAUCCUCGUCCAUGGAUCCGGCACGUCGGACUUGUAUAGUGUACGCAGUUGAAGAUUUCUUAAAGGAUGUAGAAAUUCUAGGAAAAGGCGAAAGAACAAAAAAGAAAAAAAAAUAACGGCAGCACAGGCAGAGGAAUACUGUUAUUGUUAUAAGUAUGAAAUUGUAAUUAUAAAUUAUCCUAAUGAUCACAGCAAGAACAAAAUUAUUUAUUGCCUUAAAUAGUAUGCGGCGAUAACUCUCAUUUUUAAUAAAUGGUAUCGUUAUUGGAAAUACGCGUUUCUUCUCCUGUAUGCCUGGUCUAUACGUUCACGCGCGAGUGCAUUUAUACGAUUGUUCAUACGAUUGUUCAUACGUAACCCUGGUAUAGUUACAACAUUGGUGAUUGUCACACUGGCUUAACGUUGUUCAUGUUCACGUAGAGUACGUGCUGUGUUAAUAAAUCGGUUUCACGUUAUCGUGUAAACGCAUACUGACGUGCGUUUUUAUCCGUCGAAUAUCGUUUCCCCCCCGCGAAACAAAUGGCCACGCAUUUUCGUUUUGUCUCUCUUCUUUCCGUUGUUUGUAUCACACUCUCUUGAGGAGAUGCCUUAACAUAAAUAAAAUAAUCGUAAUGUGUA